UAAGCUUCCCCGGCAAUCCGACCGGAGCGAGACCCCCCAGGGCUACAGAUUUAAUCCCUGCUCGAGCGACCCAGUGCCUCCCCCUCCCCCCUUCCUCCCUUCCCCCCAGUGAACUCCCACAGACUCACCCACCAUCCUCACUCCCAUCUUAGCAUAUUACUACUCCCAACACACUACUACUCACACAUCCCUAAUCUACUUCUACAAUGGGUAAAGAGAAAAACCACGUCAACGUCGUCGUCAUCGGACAUGUCGAUUCUGGUAAAUCCACCACCACCGGCCACUUGAUCUACAAGUGCGGUGGUAUUGACAAGCGAACGAUCGAAAAGUUCGAGAAGGAAGCCGCCGAACUGGGUAAAGGAUCCUUCAAGUACGCAUGGGUGCUUGACAAGCUGAAAGCCGAGCGUGAGCGUGGUAUCACCAUCGACAUUGCCUUGUGGAAGUUUGAAACCCCCAAGUACUACGUCACCGUCAUUGAUGCCCCCGGACAUCGUGAUUUUAUCAAAAACAUGAUCACUGGUACCUCCCAAGCCGAUUGUGCUAUCCUCAUCAUCGCCGCCGGUACUGGUGAAUUCGAAGCUGGUAUCUCCAAGGAUGGCCAGACUCGUGAACACGCCCUCCUAGCCUUCACCCUUGGUGUCCGACAACUCAUCGUUGCCAUCAACAAGAUGGACACCACCAAAUGGUCCGAGCAGAGAUACGAGGAAAUCGUCAAGGAAACCUCCAACUUCGUCAAGAAGGUCGGGUACAACCCCAAAUCUAUCGCCUUUGUCCCCAUCUCGGGAUGGCACGGUGACAACAUGUUGGAGGAGUCCACCAACAUGGGCUGGUUCAAGGGAUGGACCAAGGAGACCAAGGCUGGUGUUUCCAAAGGAAAGACCCUCCUCGAUGCUAUUGAUGCCAUCGAACCUCCAAGCCGACCCACCGACAAGCCCCUCCGACUUCCUCUCCAGGAUGUCUACAAGAUUGGUGGUAUCGGUACGGUACCUGUUGGUCGUGUUGAAACCGGUACCAUCAAAGCUGGUAUGGUUGUUACCUUCGCCCCUGCCAACGUGACGACUGAAGUCAAGUCUGUUGAGAUGCACCACGAACAAUUGGAGGCUGGUAUGCCAGGUGACAAUGUCGGUUUCAACGUCAAGAACGUUUCCGUCAAGGAUAUCCGUCGAGGAAAUGUUUGCGGUGACACCAAAUGUGACCCCCCGAAGGAAGCCGCAUCCUUCGUUGCCCAGGUCAUCGUUUUGAACCACCCCGGUCAAAUCGGAAAUGGUUACUGCCCCGUACUUGAUUGUCACACCGCCCACAUUGCAUGCAAGUUCGACACUCUCCAGCAGAAGAUCGACCGACGUACUGGUAAGGCUUUGGAAGAGGCCCCCAAAUUCGUCAAAUCCGGUGACGCUUGCCUUGUCAAGAUGGUCCCUUCCAAGGCCAUGUGUGUCGAGCCCUUCGCCGACUACCCCCCUCUCGGUCGUUUCGCCGUCCGUGACAUGAGACAGACUGUUGCCGUCGGUGUCAUCAAGAGCGUCGAGAAGACGGAUGGCAAGGCCGGAAAGGUCACCAAGGCCGCCGUCAAGGCCGGUGCCAAGAAGUAGUUACGCUCGGUAGCAUCCAAAAUUGAACAUGGCAUGCUCCCUCCAAAAGAACGGUUCAGCAUGUGGUCACAAAAAUUAAUAGGUUUUCAGGAUCGCUUCUGGCGUUUUUACCACCGGCACUUUCGGAUACGAAGUUGUACGAACUUUAGCAUGUUUUCUACAUUCCUUUAACGUUGUAGUUGUUCAUUCUUCGCUGCCCAGCCACUACUUCAGUUGCCAAUGACAUACUUCCAUGGUAUCAAACUC